UUUCAGAUUUUCUUAAAUACUCUCCUAGGAGCAGCACAUCAAUCCUUCAAUAUCUUCAAAAAUGGGACGGAGUCCUUCAUGGCUCUACGGGGUCCUGGGUCUCCUUCUACUGGCCACUACGUGCUCAUCAGUCAAUGAUGACAAAAAUGACCCUACUGGAAAAUCUUCACUCGCAUUUGUAUUCGAUAUAACUGGUUCCAUGUUUGAUGAUUUGGUGCAAGUACGGGAAGGUGCUGCUAAAAUCUUCAAAACUGUGAUGGCGCAACGUGAAAAGCUAAUCUACAACUACAUCAUGGUUCCUUUUCACGAUCCAUACUUAGGAGAGAUUAUCAAUACCACCGACUCAACAUACUUCAUGAGACAACUCAGUAAAGUGUACGUGCACGGAGGAGGUGAUUGUCCAGAGAAGACGUUGACCGGUAUUCUCAAGGCACUUCAAAUUUCCUUACCGUCCUCAUUCAUUUAUGUGUUCACUGAUGCCCGAUCAAAGGAUUACCACUUAGAAGAUGAAGUUCUUAAUACAAUUCAAGAGAAACAAAGCUCAGUUGUUUUCGUGAUGACUGGUGACUGUGGUAAUAGAACACAUCCAGGAUUCCGUACAUAUGAAAAAAUCGCCGCUGCAUCUUUUGGACAAGUUUUCCAUCUUGAAAAGAGUGAUGUCAGUACCGUAUUAGAAUAUGUCAGACAUGCUGUCAAACAGAAGAAAGUUCAUUUGAUGUACGAGGCACGUGAACGGGGAGGAACAGUGUCUAGAAACAUCCCAGUAGACAAGCAUCUCUCAGAGCUCACCAUCUCAUUGUCAGGAGAUAAAGAUGACUCAGAUAAUUUGGACAUUGUACUUCGCGAUCCUGAAGGGAGAACAGUUGACAAGAGACUUUAUAGCAAGGAAGGAGGGACAAUUGAUCUCAAAAACGUGAAACUCAUUCGUUUAAAAGAUCCAUCCCCGGGAGUAUGGACUGUAAACACAAACUCAAGGUUAAAGCAUACCAUUCGCGUUUUUGGUCACGGUGCUGUUGACUUUAAAUAUGGAUUUGCUUCUCGUCCGUUGGAUCGCAUUGAACUAGCUCGUCCCAGACCAGUGCUCAAUCAGGACACAUACUUGCUAAUUAAUAUGACAGGUCUUAUUCCACCAGGAACUGUUGGAGAAAUUGAUCUUGUCGACUAUCAUGGCCAUAGUUUGUACAAAGCAGUAGCAUCUCCUCACAGAACCAAUCCAAAUAUGUACUUUGCCGGACCUUUUGUUCCACCAAAAGGAUUGUUCUUCGUUCGUGUCCAGGGCUAUGAUGAGGAUAAUUACGAGUUUAUGCGUAUUGCUCCAACUGCAAUUGGAAGUGUGAUUGUUGGAGGUCCUCGUGCGUUCAUGUCACCAAUUCACCAAGAAUUUGUUGGUAGAGAUUUGAACCUGUCGUGUACUGUUGAAAGUGCAUCGGCGUACACAAUCUAUUGGGUAAAAACUGGAGAAGAUAUAAUUGGAGGACCACUUUUCUAUCACAACACUGAUACUUCGGUUUGGACUAUUCCUGAGCUUUCACUGAAAGAUGCUGGAGAAUACGAAUGUCGCGUCAUUUCAAACAACGGAAACUACAGCGUCAAAACUCGUGUCGAAACUCGAGAAUCUCCUCCAGAAAUUUUCGGAGUUCGAAAUGUUUCCGUUCCGCUUGGAGAAGCAGCAUUUCUUCACUGUUCUACCAGAUCUGCUGGUGAGGUUGAAAUCAGAUGGACCCGAUAUGGAGCAACAGUUUUUAAUGGGCCAAAUACUGAACGAAACCCGACAAAUGGAACUCUCAAAAUCCACCAUGUUACGAGAGCGGACGCUGGAGUAUAUGAGUGUAUGGCGAGAAAUGCUGGAGGAAUGAGCACACGAAAAAUGAGAUUAGAUAUUAUGGAACCACCAUCUGUCAAAGUUACUCCACAAGACGUCUACUUUAAUAUGAGAGAAGGAGUUAACCUCAGUUGUGAAGCAAUGGGAGACCCGAAACCAGAAGUUCACUGGUACUUCAAAGGAAGACAUCUCCUUAAUGAUUAUAAAUAUCAAGUUGGGCAAGAUUCAAAAUUUCUCUAUAUUCGAGACGCUACUCAUCAUGAUGAAGGAACUUAUGAAUGUCGCGCAAUGAGUCAAGCUGGACAAGCUCGUGAUACUACUGAUCUAAUGCUUGCCACUCCACCAAAAGUUGAAAUUAUUCAAAACAAGAUGAUGGUUGGACGCGGAGACCGUGUCUCGUUCGAAUGCAAAACUAUCCGUGGAAAACCACAUCCUAAGAUUAGAUGGUUCAAGAACGGAAAAGACCUUAUCAAGCCAGAUGACUAUAUUAAAAUCAAUGAAGGACAACUUCAUAUCAUGGGGGCAAAGGAUGAAGAUGCUGGAGCCUACUCCUGUGUUGGAGAGAACAUGGCUGGAAAGGAUGUGCAAGUGGCUAACCUGUCAGUUGGAAGAGUGCCAACUAUCAUCGAGUCUCCUCAUACAGUUCGCGUCAACAUUGAGAGACAAGUCACACUUCAAUGUCUUGCCGUUGGAAUUCCUCCACCAGAAAUCGAAUGGCAGAAAGGAAAUGUAUUACUGGCUACACUCAACAAUCCAAGAUAUACUCAACUUGCGGAUGGAAACCUUCUAAUCACAGAUGCUCAAAUUGAGGAUCAGGGACAAUUCACAUGCAUUGCAAGAAACACAUACGGACAACAAUCUCAAUCUACGACACUUAUGGUAACCGGAUUGGUGUCACCAGUUCUUGGACACGUUCCUCCAGAAGAGCAAUUGAUUGAAGGGCAAGACCUGACACUUUCAUGUGUUGUUGUUCUUGGAACCCCCAAGCCAAGUAUUGUAUGGAUUAAGGAUGAUAAACCAGUCGAAGAAGGACCCACUAUCAAGAUUGAGGGAGGUGGAUCCUUACUCAGAUUGCGCGGUGGAAACCCAAAAGACGAAGGAAAAUACACGUGUAUUGCCGUGUCACCAGCAGGAAAUAGCACACUCCACAUCAACGUACAGUUAAUAAAGAAGCCAGAGUUCGUGUACAAGCCGGAAGGAGGAAUCGUGUUCAAGCCGACAAUUUCUGGAAUGGACGAGAAACACGUGGCAGUUGUCAAUUCAACUCAUGAUGUGCUCGAUGGAGAAGGAUUUGCAAUUCCAUGUGUGGUUUCGGGAACACCACCACCAAUUAUCACUUGGUAUUUGGAUGGCAGACCGAUUACCCCGAACAGCAGAGAUUUCACUGUCACGGCUGACAAUACACUUAUCGUCAGGAAAGCUGAUAAGUCGUACUCUGGAGUGUACACGUGCCAAGCAACAAACAGUGCAGGAGACAAUGAGCAGAAGACAACCAUCCGAAUCAUGAACACUCCGAUGAUUUCUCCAGGGCAAAGUUCAUUCAACAUGGUUGUUGACGAUUUGUUCACCAUUCCGUGUGACGUCUACGGAGAUCCAAAGCCAGUGAUCACAUGGCUUUUGGACGACAAACCAUUCACGGAGGGAGUUGUUAAUGAGGAUGGAUCAUUGACAAUUCCAAAUGUAAAUGAAGCACACAGAGGAACAUUUACAUGUCAUGCUCAAAAUGCUGCUGGAAAUGAUACACGCACUGUUACACUAACGGUUCACACCACGCCAACAAUUAAUGCUGAGAAUCAAGAAAAGAUUGCUCUCCAAAAUGACGACAUUGUUUUGGAAUGUCCUGCUAAAGCACUUCCGCCCCCAGUGAGACUAUGGACCUAUGAAGGAGAAAAAAUUGAUUCUCAACUGAUUCCACACACCAUUCGCGAAGACGGAGCUCUUGUUUUACAAAAUGUAAAACUCGAAAACACUGGAGUAUUUGUUUGUCAAGUUUCCAACCUUGCUGGCGAAGACUCUCUGUCCUACACACUCACUGUUCAUGAGAAACCAAAAAUUAUUUCUGAAGUUCCAGGAGUUGUGGACGUGGUCAAAGGAUUCACUAUUGAGAUUCCUUGCAGAGCCACUGGAGUUCCAGAAGUUAUAAGAACUUGGAACAAAAAUGGCAUUGACCUUAAAAUGGACGAAAAGAAGUUCUCAGUAGACAAUCUUGGAACUCUUAGAAUUUAUGAAGCUGACAAAAACGACAUUGGAAACUAUAAUUGUGUAGUUACCAACGAAGCCGGAACAAGCCAAAUGACAACUCAUGUGGAUGUUCAGGAGCCUCCAAUUAUUCUUCCAAGCACCCAAACGAACAAUACAGCUGUAGUCGGAGACCGUGUAGAACUCAAAUGUUACGUUGAAGCCUCGCCACCAGCCUCGGUUACCUGGUUCCGAAGAGGAAUUGCAAUUGGAACAGACACUAAAGGUUAUGUUGUCGAGUCUGACGGCACUCUUGUGAUUCAAAGUGCAUCAGUGGAAGACGCUACUAUUUACACCUGCAAGGCUUCAAAUCCUGCGGGCAAAGCUGAAGCAAACCUUCAAGUCACAGUUAUCGCUUCUCCGGAUAUUAAGGACCCUGAUGUUGUCACACAAGAAUCUAUUAAGGAGUCUCAUCCAUUCUCACUUUAUUGUCCAGUUUUCAGUAAUCCACUUCCUCAAAUUUCUUGGUACCUCAACGAUAAGCCGCUUAUUGAUGACAAAACAUCAUGGAAAACAUCGGAUGAUAAACGAAAACUCCAUGUGUUUAAGGCAAAAAUUACUGAUUCUGGUGUCUACAAAUGUGUUGCACGUAAUGCUGCUGGUGAAGGAAGCAAGUCGUUCCAAGUGGAAGUUAUUGUUCCUCUUAAUCUUGACGAGUCGAAAUACAAGAAGAAGGUAUUCGCAAAAGAAGGAGAAGAAGUUACUCUUGGAUGUCCUGUUUCUGGAUUCCCAGUUCCACAAAUCAACUGGGUUGUGGAUGGAACAGUUGUGGAACCAGGAAAAAAAUACAAAGGAGCAACUCUCUCCAAUGAUGGUCUCACUCUGCAUUUUGAUAGCGUCAGUGUCAAGCAGGAAGGAAACUAUCACUGCGUUGCCCAAAGCAAAGGAAACAUUUUGGAUAUCGAUGUGGAAUUAUCAGUUUUGGCGGUUCCAAUUGUUGGAGAAGAUGACAAUCUGGAAGUAUUCCUUGGAAAGGAUAUCUCAUUGUCAUGCGAUUUGCAGACAGAAUCCGACGAUAAAACCACUUUUGUGUGGUCAAUUAAUGGGUCCGAAAGUGAUAGACCAGAUAACGUACAAAUUCCAAGCGAUGGUCAUCGUCUUUAUAUUACUGAUGCCAAACCCGAGAAUAAUGGAAAAUACAUGUGCAGAGUAACGAACUCUGCUGGAAAAGCGGAGAGAACGCUGACUUUGGACGUUCUUGAGCCACCAGUAUUUGUGGAACCAGUUUUCGAAGCCAACCAAAAACUUAUUGGCAACAAUCCUAUUAUCCUUCAAUGCCAAGUCACUGGAAAUCCAAAGCCGACAGUCAUUUGGAAAAUUGAUGGAAAUGACGUGGACAAGAGUUGGCUAUUCGACGAAAGUCUAAGUCUCUUGAGAAUUGAAAAGCUCACCGGAAAAUCUGCACAGAUCUCGUGCACGGCUGAAAACAAAGCAGGCACUGCUUCCCGAGACUUCUUUAUUCAAAAUAUUGCUGCACCUACGUUCAAGAAUGAAGGUGAUCAAGAAACUAUCUUCCGUGAAUCAGAAACCAUCACCUUGGAUUGCCCAGUCUCACUGGGAGAUUUCCAAAUUACUUGGAUGAAACAAGGACUUCCCUUGACGGAGAAUGAUGCCAUUUUCACUCUUGACAAUACUCGUCUUACCAUACUCAAUGCGAAUCGUGAUCACGAAGACAUCUAUACUUGUGUUGCCAAUAAUACAGCAGGUCAAGUUUCGAAAGAUUUCGAUGUAGUUGUUCAAGUUCUACCCAAAAUCAAAAAUGCUGUGGUCACCCUUGAAAUCAAUGAGGGUGAAGAGAUUAUUCUCACUUGUGAUGCUGAAGGUAACCCAACUCCAACUGCUAAAUGGGAUUUCAAUCAAGGAGAUCUACCGAAAGAAGCAGUAUUCGUAAACAAUAAUCACACAGUUGUUGUCAAUAAUGUCACAAAGUAUCACACAGGAGUUUACAAGUGCUAUGCUACUAAUAAAGUUGGUCAGGCUGUGAAGACCAUCAAUGUUCAUGUCAGAACCAAGCCGAGAUUUGAAUCUGGACUAACUGAGUCAGAAUUGACUGUCAACCUAACACGAUCGAUCACUUUGGAAUGUGACGUGGAUGAUGCUAUUGGAGUUGGUAUCAGUUGGACAGUAAAUGGAAAACCAUUCCUGGCAGAGACUGAUGGUGUUCAAACCUUGGCUGGUGGAAGGUUCCUUCAUAUUGUGUCAGCGAAAACUGAUGAUCAUGGUUCAUAUGCUUGCACAGUGACUAAUGAAGCUGGUGUUGCCACGAAGACAUUCAAUCUCUUUGUUCAAGUGCCACCAACUAUUGUAAAUGAAGGAGGAGAGUAUACAGUUAUUGAGAAUAACUCACUUGUUCUGCCAUGUGAGGUUACCGGAAAACCAAAUCCAGUUGUAACUUGGACUAAGGAUGGAAGACCUGUAGGAGACUUGAAGUCAGUUCAAGUUUUAUCCGAAGGACAGCAGUUCAAAAUUGUUCACGCUGAAAUUGCUCACAAGGGAUCGUAUAUUUGUAUGGCAAAGAAUGAUGUGGGAACUGCAGAGAUCAGCUUUGAUGUUGACAUUAUCACUCGGCCAAUGAUUCAAAAGGGUAUCAAGAAUAUAGUCACUGCAAUCAAGGGUGGAGCUCUUCCGUUCAAGUGCCCUAUUGAUGAUGACAAGAACUUCAAGGGACAGAUUAUUUGGCUCAGAAAUUACCAACCAAUCGAUUUGGAAGCGGAAGAUGCUAGAAUUACGCGUCUUUCUAAUGAUCGCCGUUUGACAAUUUUAAAUGUCACCGAAAACGACGAAGGACAAUACAGUUGUCGUGUGAAAAACGACGCAGGAGAAAAUAGCUUCGACUUCAAGGCAACUGUUCUCGUUCCACCAACUAUCAUAAUGUUAGACAAAGACAAGAACAAGACGGCAGUGGAACACUCAACUGUAACACUUUCCUGCCCAGCAACUGGUAAACCUGAGCCGGACAUCACUUGGUUCAAAGAUGGUGAAGCUAUUCACAUUGAAAACAUUGCCGAUAUUAUUCCAAAUGGAGAAUUGAACGGAAAUCAGCUCAAGAUCACUAGAAUAAAGGAAGGAGAUGCUGGAAAAUACACGUGUGAAGCUGAUAAUUCGGCUGGAAGUGUCGAACAAGAUGUCAAUGUUAAUGUGAUUACAAUUCCGAAGAUCGAGAAAGACGGAAUCCCAUCUGAUUACGAAUCACAACAAAACGAGCGUGUUGUCAUUUCUUGUCCAGUGUACGCAAGACCACCAGCUAAGAUUACAUGGCUCAAAGCAGGAAAACCUCUUCAAUCUGACAAAUUUGUCAAAACCAGUGCAAAUGGACAGAAGCUAUAUUUGUUCAAACUUCGAGAAACUGAUUCUAGCAAGUAUACCUGUAUUGCCACUAAUGAAGCUGGAACUGAUAAGAGAGAUUUCAAAGUCAGCAUGUUGGUUGCUCCCUCAUUCGAUGAACCAAAUAUUGUCCGUCGUAUCACUGUGAACUCCGGCAAUCCUUCCACUCUUCACUGCCCAGCAAAGGGAAGUCCAUCCCCUACUAUUACAUGGCUCAAGGAUGGUAACGCAAUUGAACCAAACGAUAGAUAUGUGUUCUUUGACGCGGGCAGACAACUGCAAAUCAGUAAAACGGAAGGAUCAGACCAAGGAAGAUAUACAUGUAUUGCAACAAACUCCGUGGGCUCCGAUGAUUUGGAAAAUACACUGGAAGUUAUUAUUCCACCGGUUAUUGACGGUGAACGCAGAGAAGCUGUUGCGGUUAUUGAAGGAUUUUCAUCUGAGCUUUUUUGUGAUAGCAACAGUACUGGUGUGGAUGUUGAGUGGCAAAAGGACGGAUUGACUAUUAACCAAGACACUCUUCGAGGAGAUAGUUUCAUUCAGAUACCAUCGUCUGGAAAGAAAAUGAGUUUCCUGUCGGCAAGAAAAUCAGAUUCAGGGCGUUACACUUGUAUUGUGAGAAAUCCUGCGGGUGAAGCGAGAAAGCUCUUUGAUUUUGCUGUCAAUGAUCCUCCAUCUAUCAGCGAUGAAUUGUCAUCUGCAAAUAUUCAGACCAUUGUUCCUUAUUACCCCGUCGAGAUAAAUUGUGUGGUAUCAGGGUCUCCCCAUCCAAAGGUGUACUGGCUCUUCGAUGAUAAACCACUAGAACCUGACAGUGCUGCCUACGAAUUGACGAAUAACGGUGAAACUUUGAAGAUUGUUAGAUCACAAGUGGAACACGCUGGAACCUACACUUGCGAAGCUCAAAAUAACGUUGGAAAAGCAAGAAAAGAUUUCCUUGUUAGAGUUACAGCACCUCCACACUUCGAAAAGGAACGGGAAGAGGUGGUUGCUCGUGUUGGAGACACAAUGCUUCUUACAUGCAAUGCAGAAUCAUCGGUUCCACUGUCUUCAGUCUACUGGCAUGCUCACGAUGAAAGUGUUCAAAAUGGUGUCAUCACCAGUAAAUAUGCAGCAAACGAGAAAACUUUAAAUGUUACCAACAUUCAACUAGACGAUGAAGGGUUUUAUUACUGUACAGCUGUUAAUGAAGCUGGAAUCACCAAAAAAUUUUUCAAACUGAUUGUCAUAGAAACUCCGUACUUCCUUGAUCAACAGAAGCUCUACCCGAUUAUUCUGGGAAAACGUUUGACUCUUGACUGUUCUGCCACUGGAACACCUCCACCAACUAUUCUAUUCAUGAAAGAUGGAAAACGACUCAAUGAAAGCGACGAGGUGGACAUUAUCGGAAGUACAUUGGUAAUUGACAACCCUCAAAAAGAAGUGGAAGGUCGCUACACAUGUAUCGCUGAAAACAAAGCUGGACGGUCCGAAAAGGAUAUGAUGGUAGAAGUACUCUUGCCUCCGAAACUCUCUAAAGAAUGGAUCAACGUGGAGGUUCAAGCAGGCGACCCAUUGACUCUCGAAUGUCCAAUUGAGGAUACAUCUGGCGUUCACAUCACAUGGUCAAGACAAUUUGGAAAAGACGGCCAGUUGGACAUGCGCGCACAGUCCUCCAGUGACAAGUCAAAACUCUAUAUUAUGCAAGCAACCCCAGAAGAUGCUGAUUCUUAUUCCUGCAUUGCAGUCAAUGAUGCUGGAGGCGCAGAAGCUGUCUUCCAAGUUACAGUUAAUACUCCACCAAAGAUUUUUGGUGAUUCAUUCAGUACAACUGAAAUUGUUGCUGACACUACUUUGGAAAUCCCUUGUAGAACGGAAGGUAUCCCACCGCCUGAAAUUAGUUGGUUUUUGGAUGGAAAACCUAUUCUGGAAAUGCCUGGUGUAACGUACAAACAAGGUGAUCUCAGCCUGCGCAUUGAUAACAUAAAACCAAACCAAGAAGGAAGAUAUACCUGUGUUGCUGAAAACAAGGCUGGAAGAGCGGAACAAGACACAUAUGUUGAGAUAUCAGAGCCGCCAAGAGUUGUUAUGGCUUCCGAAGUGAUGAGAGUCGUUGAGGGACGGCAAACGACAAUUCGUUGCGAGGUAUUCGGAAACCCAGAACCAGUGGUGAAUUGGCUCAAAGACGGAGAGCCGUAUACAUCUGAUCUUCUCCAAUUUUCGACCAAACUUUCAUAUUUACAUCUGCGUGAAACAACAUUGGCAGAUGGUGGAACAUACACGUGUAUUGCAACAAACAAGGCUGGUGAAUCUCAGACAACAACCGACGUUGAAGUAUUGGUGCCACCAAGAAUUGAAGAUGAGGAGCGAGUAUUGCAAGGAAAAGAAGGGAACACUUACAUGGUUCAUUGUCAAGUGACGGGAAGACCAGUUCCAUAUGUUACCUGGAAGCGAAAUGGAAAAGAGAUCGAACAAUUCAAUCCCGUUCUGCAUAUCAGAAAUGCUACAAGAGCAGACGAAGGAAAGUAUUCCUGUAUUGCAUCCAACGAAGCUGGUACUGCUGUAGCCGAUUUCCUGAUCGAUGUGUUCACGAAACCAACUUUUGAAACACAUGAAACAACAUUCAAUAUCGUUGAAGGAGAAAGUGCAAAGAUUGAAUGCAAAAUUGACGGUCAUCCAAAACCAACAAUUUCGUGGCUCAAAGGAGGAAGACCAUUCAAUAUGGACAACAUAAUUCUUUCACCCAGAGGUGACACUCUCAUGAUUCUCAAAGCUCAGCGAUUUGAUGGUGGCCUUUAUACUUGUGUUGCAACAAAUUCAUAUGGGGAUAGUGAACAGGACUUCAAGGUGAAUGUGUACACUAAGCCAUACAUCGAUGAAACAAUUGACCAAACUCCAAAGGCAGUUGCUGGUGGAGAAAUAAUCUUAAAGUGCCCAGUUCUCGGUAAUCCAACUCCUACUGUUACAUGGAAGCGUGGAGAUGAUGCAGUGCCAAACGAUUCAAGACAUACAAUUGUUAAUAAUUACGACUUGAAAAUCAAUUCGGUCACUACUGAAGACGCAGGACAAUACAGUUGUAUUGCUGUCAAUGAAGCUGGAAACUUGACAACUCACUACGCCGCAGAAGUGAUUGGAAAACCUACAUUUGUUCGAAAGGGAGGAAACCUCUAUGAAGUAAUUGAAAAUGACACUAUUACAAUGGAUUGCGGUGUUACAUCUCGGCCGCUUCCAAGUAUAUCUUGGUUCCGUGGAGACAAGCCAGUGUAUUUGUAUGACCGCUAUUCAAUCUCUCCUGAUGGUUCUCACAUUACUAUCAAUAAAGCUAAACUGUCAGACGGAGGAAAAUACAUUUGCCGUGCAUCCAACGAAGCAGGAACUUCUGAUAUUGAUCUAAUACUUAAAAUUCUUGUGCCACCAAAGAUCGACAAAUCUAACAUUAUUGGAAAUCCUUUGGCUAUCGUGGCAAGAACUAUUUAUUUGGAAUGUCCAAUAUCUGGAAUUCCACAACCAGACGUCAUCUGGACUAAAAACGGAAUGGAUAUCAAUAUGACGGAUAGCAGGGUUAUUCUCGCACAAAACAAUGAAACAUUUGGUAUUGAAAAUGUUCAAGUCACUGAUCAAGGAAGAUACACUUGCACAGCAACCAAUCGUGGAGGAAAAGCAUCCCAUGAUUUCAGUCUUGACGUGCUAUCACCACCAGAGUUUGAUAUUCACGGUACACAACCAACAAUUAAGAGAGAGGGUGACACUAUCACUUUGACUUGCCCUAUCAAAUUGGCUGAAGACAUUGCCGAUCAAGUGAUGGAUGUUUCCUGGACCAAAGAUAGCAGAGCAUUGGACGGCGAUUUGACAGAUAACGUGGAUAUUUCCGACGAUGGAAGAAAACUAACAAUUUCUCAAGCUUCACUUGAAAACGCCGGACUGUACACUUGCAUUGCCUUGAAUCGUGCAGGAGAAGCUUCGCUCGAGUUCAAAGUGGAAAUUCUGUCGCCUCCGGUCAUUGAUAUCAGCAGAAACGAUGUGCAACCACAAGUCGCAGUUAAUCAGCCAACUAUUAUGAGAUGUGCAGUCACCGGUCAUCCAUUCCCAUCAAUCAAAUGGCUGAAAAACGGAAAAGAAGUUACAGAUGACGAAAAUAUUCGAAUCGUUGAACAAGGGCAGGUUCUUCAAAUUCUUCGAACUGACUCUGACCACGCUGGAAAAUGGAGCUGUGUCGCCGAGAAUGACGCAGGAGUCAAAGAAUUGGAAAUGGUUUUGGAUGUUUUCACUCCGCCGGUUGUUUCUGUUAAAUCUGAUAACCCAAUCAAAGCCCUUGGAGAAACCAUUACACUAUUCUGUAAUGCAUCUGGAAAUCCAUAUCCACAAUUAAAAUGGGCUAAGGGUGGAUCCCUGAUCUUUGACUCUCCGGAUGGUGCACGAAUUUCUUUGAAGGGAGCUCGCCUUGACAUUCCUCACCUCAAGAAGACAGAUGUUGGAGACUACACGUGCCAGGCUCUGAACGCAGCUGGAACAUCAGAGGCCAGCGUCUCUGUCGACGUUCUUGUUCCCCCAGAGAUCAAUCGCGAUGGAAUUGACAUGUCGCCAAGGCUACCAGCUCAACAAAGUUUGACUCUCCAGUGUCUAGCACAAGGAAAACCUGUUCCUCAAAUGAGAUGGACUUUGAAUGGAACUGCACUUACUCAUUCAACGCCAGGAAUUACGGUUGCUUCUGACUCUACAUUUAUUCAAAUUAACAACGUUUCUCUGAGUGAUAAGGGAGUUUACACAUGCUACGCGGAAAAUGUUGCGGGAAGUGAUAAUUUGAUGUACAAUGUGGAUGUUGUUCAAGCUCCGGUUAUUUCAAAUGGAGGAACCAAACAAGUCAUCGAAGGAGAACUUGCAGUCAUUGAGUGUCUUGUUGAGGGAUACCCAGCUCCACAAGUUUCUUGGCUCAGAAACGGAAAUCGUGUUGAAACUGGAGUUCAAGGUGUUAGAUAUGUGACGGACGGCAGAAUGCUAACAAUUAUUGAAGCCAGAAGCUUAGAUUCUGGAAUCUACCUCUGCUCCGCAACCAAUGAAGCAGGAUCUGCCCAACAAGCUUACACCUUAGAAGUUUUAGUAUCGCCAAAGAUCAUAACCAGCACGCCUGGAGUGUUAACGCCUUCGUCUGGAUCUAAAUUCUCUUUGCCUUGUGCAGUACGUGGAUACCCGGAUCCAAUAAUCAGUUGGACAUUAAACGGAAACGACAUCAAAGAUGGAGAGAACGGCCACACUAUUGGUGCUGAUGGAACUCUUCACAUUGAAAAAGCUGAAGAACGUCACUUGAUUUAUGAAUGCACAGCCAAAAAUGAUGCUGGAGCAGACACGCUUGAAUUCCCAGUUCAAACCAUUGUCGCCCCUAAAAUCAGCACAAGUGGAAAUAGAUACAUCAAUGGUUCUGAAGGAACCGAGACUGUCAUAAAAUGCGAGAUUGAGUCAGAGUCAUCUGAAUUCAGCUGGAGCAAGAACGGCGUACCACUGCUUCCUUCGAAUAAUCUAAUCUUCAGUGAAGAUUAUAAACUUAUUAAGAUUUUGUCGACACGACUUUCGGAUCAAGGAGAAUACAGUUGUACGGCGGCGAAUAAAGCAGGAAAUGCUACUCAAAAGACUAAUUUGAAUGUUGGAGUUGCUCCAAAGAUUAUGGAAAGACCACGUACCCAAGUUGUGCACAAGGGCGAUCAAGUCACUCUAUGGUGUGAAGCUUCAGGUGUUCCACAACCUGCAAUUACUUGGUACAAAGAUAACGAACUUCUUACUAAUACUGGAGUUGAUGAGACUGCCACAACCAAAAAGAAGUCAGUAAUUUUCUCUUCAAUUUCUCCAUCACAGGCUGGUGUCUACACUUGCAAAGCUGAAAAUUGGGUUGCGUCUACUGAAGAGGAUAUUGAUUUGAUUGUAAUGAUCCCACCCGAGGUGGUCCCAGAGAGAAUGAAUGUGUCUACCAACCCACGUCAAACUGUCUUCCUUUCAUGCAAUGCUACAGGAAUCCCCGAACCAGUUAUCAGUUGGAUGAGAGAUUCUAACAUUGCCAUUCAGAACAAUGAGAAAUAUCAAAUUCUUGGAACAACUCUGGCAAUUAGAAAUGUUCUUCCGGACGAUGAUGGUUUUUAUCAUUGUAUCGCCAAGUCAGAUGCUGGACAGAAAAUUGCUACAAGGAAGCUUAUUGUUAACAAGCCAUCUGAUAGACCAGCUCCAAUUUGGGUAGAAUGUGACGAGAAGGGAAAACCUAAGAAGACAGAGUACAUGAUUGAUCGAGGAGAUACUCCGGAUGAUAAUCCACAACUUCUUCCAUGGAAGGAUGUUGAAGACUCUUCCCUCAAUGGAUCAAUUGCUUAUCGUUGUAUGCCAGGACCAAGAUCCUCUCGAACCGUUUUACUCCAUGCAGCUCCCCAGUUUAUUGUUAAACCGAAAAAUACAACCGCUGCUAUUGGAGCAAUUGUUGAGCUGAGAUGCUCAGCAGCUGGACCACCGCACCCAACAAUUACUUGGGCCAAGGACGGAAAGCUUAUCGAAGAUAGCAAAUUUGAAAUAGCUUAUUCUCAUUUGAAGGUCACAUUGAACAGCACAUCGGAUUCAGGGGAAUACACUUGUAUGGCACAAAAUAGCGUUGGCUCCAGCACCGUGUCCGCCUUCAUUAAUGUUGAUAACAACAUUCUUCCAACUCCAAAACCAUCUUCUAACCAGAAAAAUGUUGCCGUGAUCACCUGUUAUGAGAGAAACCAAGCAUAUAGUCGUGGUCUGACUUGGGAGUAUAAUGGAGUUCCAAUGCCAAAGAAUUUGGCUGGUAUUCACUUUAUGAAUAAUGGCUCUCUGGUUAUCCUGGACACUAGCAGUUUGAAGGAAGGGGAUUUGGAAUUGUACACUUGUAAAGUCAGGAACAGAAGACGUCACUCAAUUCCUCACUUGACAUCAGCGUUCGAAGGAGUACCAGAAGUUAAGACAAUUGAUAAAGUUGAAGUCAACAAUGGAGAUUCGGUUGUUUUGGAUUGUGAAGUCACAAGUGACCCUCUAACAACUCAUGUUGUGUGGACUAAGAAUGACCAGAAGAUGUUGGAUGACGAUGCAAUUUAUGUGCUUCCAAACAAUAGUUUAGUCCUACUUAAUGUGGAGAAAUAUGACGAGGGUGUUUAUAAAUGCGUUGCUUCCAACUCUAUUGGCAAAGCUUUUGAUGAUACACAGCUCAAUGUUUACGAAGGUGACUUCCUGCCUCUGACCGGAUUCGAAGGAAGUGGAAUUAAUAUCGAUGACUCUUCAAAUGCAGGAGGUUCAUCUCGUCGCGAAGCUUACAAGAAGGAAAAUGAAGACGCAUCUACAACGACAAUCACGACUACUUCACCGACAACAACGACAACUGAAACACCAUUGACAACCACAAUCAUUCCAGCAUUGAUUACACUUCCAGCAAAACAAUACCCAACUGAUGAUUAUCAUGAGGGUAGUGCAAACGACGAUGGAUUUGGGCCAACAACUCAAGACAGCCUAUUCGAAUUCAAUCCACCACUGCAUCCAGAAAUAUCGGUUGUGAACACAGACUGCGCAGGAACAAUCAACGAAAAUGGAGAUUGUGUUGACAAAGACGGAAAAACACACAACCUAAAAAUUCUAACUGGAGAAAAUCAUUGUCCAGAAGGUUUUGCAAUGAACCCUCACACAAGAAUUUGCGAAGAUCUCGAUGAGUGCGCUUUCUAUCAACCAUGCGAUUUUGAAUGCAUAAACUAUGAUGGAGGAUUCCAAUGCAAUUGCCCAUUAGGAUAUGAGCUUGCUGAAGAAGGAUGUCGAGAUGUUAAUGAGUGCGAGUCAGUGCGAUGCGAAGAUGGCAAAGCUUGCUUCAACCAACUGGGAGGCUAUGAAUGUAUCGAUGACCCCUGUCCAGCUAACUACAGUCUGGUUGAUGACAGAUACUGCGAGCCGGAAUGUGAGAACUGUACUUCAACACCAAUUCAAGUACACAUGUUGGCAAUUCCAAGUGGACUCCCGAUUUCUCACAUUGCAACACUCACCGCUUACGACAAGAGUGGAAGAGUUCUCAAUGACACAACUUAUGCAAUAUCCGAUACUGGAGCUCCACUUGCCAGAGGAAGAAUGACAUCUGGUCCAUUCACCAUCAAAGCUGUAAAGCGUGGUCAUGCUCAAGUGUGGACUAACAGAGUACUUGCUGCAGGUGAUCAUCACAAAGUACGAGUAAGAGCACACUCUGAUCAUGCUACAAAUGAAUUGCAUGCACCGAAGGAGACAAACUUCUUGGUCCUAAUUAAUGUUGGCCAAUAUCCAUUCUAGAUUAAUAAUUUGAUGAAUUAUUAUUAAAGCCAUUCUAUUUAUCGUUUUUGCUUGUUCUUUUUUCAUUAUACACCGAUAUUCUCAAUGGAGCAAUUUUUCAUUUUGCUAUCUGCUGAUUUGUCAUUUUUUUGUAAUAAGUUCGGUUUUAUAUUUUUCACUGUGUUUGUAACUAUAAAUGAAAACUUCAACUUGAUA